AUGAAGAGAAACGGGGAAGUUAAAGUUGGUGAUCUGAACGCACAUUACCAGUCUACUGUUAACGUCGAUAAAUCAGCAGCAGAAAGUGAUACGUGGGCAAGAGACACUAAUGAUAUGAUGUGUCGUAUCACUGUCCGUGAUGUGGUGCGUCGUAUGAUGCGUGGAACACCGACGGUGUUAAAUGGCCAUCAUAUGAUCACUAACGACUCUCUGGGUAACGGUAAUAUGCUUGUGGAACCAAAACAGAUAUCCUGA